AUGGAGGCAAACGACCAUUUUAACUUUACUGGCCUUCCCCCUGCACCUGCUGCCUCAGGACUGAAACCCUCUCCCUCCUCAGGGGAGGGGCUCUACACUAACGGGUCUCCCAUGAACUUCCCCCAGCAAGGGAAAAGUUUGAAUGGGGAUGUGAAUGUUAAUGGCUUAUCUACUGUAUCUCACACUACUACUUCAGGGAUUUUGAACUCUGCUCCCCACUCCUCCAGCACCUCACACCUCCAUCACCCCAGCGUGGCCUACGACUGUCUCUGGAACUACUCACAGUACUCAUCUGCCAAUCCUGGCAGCAACCUCAAGGAUCCACCCCUUCUCUCACAGUUCUCGGGGGGACAGUACCCACUCAACGGCAUCCUUGGGGGCAGCCGGCAGCCUUCAUCCCCAAGUCACAACACUAACCUUCGGGCUGGGAGCCAGGAGUUCUGGGCCAACGGUACCCAGAGUCCCAUGGGGCUUAACUUCGACUCACAGGAACUCUAUGAUUCCUUUCCUGACCAGAAUUUUGAGAUGAUGCCCAAUGGACCCCCUAGUUUUUUCACCUCCCCACAGACCUCUCCUCUGUUGGGAUCCAGCAUCCAGACCUUUGCGCCCUCCUCCCAGGAGGUAGGCAGUGGCGCCCACCCUGAUGAGGCAGCGGAAAAGGAGCUUACUGCCGUUGCGGCCGAGGGUGGUGCCGGCCUAGUAGGCAGCCUGGAGCUGGAGGAGGAGCGGCCAGAGCUAAAGAUGUGUGGCUACAACGGCUCCGUCCCUUCUGUGGAAUCAUUACACCAGGAGGUCUCAGUCUUGGUCCCUGAUCCCACAGUGAGCUGCUUAGAUGAUCCUUCACAUCUUCCUGACCAACUGGAAGACACUCCAAUCCUCAGUGAAGUCUCUCUUGAGUCCUUCAACACUCUGGCACCAGAGCCAGUGAGUGGAGGACUCUACAGUAUAGAUGACACGGAGCUGAUGGGUGCAGAGGCCAAGCUGCCUCUGGAGGACAACCCUGUGAUAUCUGCCCUUGAUUGCCCUUCCCUCAAUAAUGCCACGGCCUUCAGUCUCCUGGCAGAUGACAGUCAGACUUCAGCCUCUAUUUUUGCCAGCCCCACCUCUCCACCUGUCCUCGGGGAGUCUGUUCUGCAAGAUAAUAGCUUUGACCUGAAUAAUGGUAGUGAUGCAGAACAGGAGGAAAUGGAGACUCAGGCUCCAGACUUCCCACCUCUGACCCAGCCAGCCCCUGACCAGUCGUCCACUGUUCAGCUGCAUCCAGCAACCUCGCCAGCAGUCUCACCAACAGCCUCCUCAGCAGUGUCUCCAGCAGCCUCCCCGGAAAUCUCCCCACAAGUCUCCCUGGCAGUUUCCACAGCAGCCUCUCCAGAAAUCUCCCCAGCCAUCUCCCCACCAGCCUUCCCAGCGGUCUCUCCAGCUUCCUCAGCAGCCCUCCCACCAGUCUCCUCAGAAGUCUCCUUGACAGCUUCCCCAGUGACCUCCCCAAAAGCCUCCCCUGCAGCUUCCCCAGCAGCUGUCUUCCCGACAGCCUCCCUAGCAGACAAGGAUAUCAGCAGUGUCCCUGAAACAACUGCUGACCUGGAAGACACCAUUGUAGAAGGAGUCCCUCCCUCUGGGAGCGGUGAUGUCCUGAGGAGACGUAUUGCUACCCCAGAAGAAGUUCGUCUUCCCCUCCAACAUGGAUGGCGGAGAGAGGUGCGCAUCAAGAAGGGCAGCCACCGAUGGCAGGGGGAGACCUGGUACUACGGCCCUUGUGGGAAGAGGAUGAAGCAGUUCCCGGAAGUGAUCAAGUACCUGAGCCGCAACGUGGUACACAACGUCCGUCGGGAGCACUUCAGCUUCAGUCCCCGUAUGCCUGUCGGUGAUUUCUUUGAAGAGAGAGACACACCAGAGGGCUUGCAGUGGGUACAGCUCUCAGCUGAGGAGAUCCCAUCCAGGAUUCAGGCAAUCACUGGGAAACGGGGCCGACCUCGGAACACUGAGAAGGCCAAGACCAAGGAAGCCCCGAAGGUGAAACGGGGCCGAGGUCGGCCGCCCAAGGUCAAAGGCGCUGAGCUGCUGAGCAAGACAGACACCCGCCUGCUGAAGAGACUGGAGGCCCAAGAAACACUGAAUGAGGAGGAUAAAGCAAAGAUGUGUAAAAUCAAGAAGAAGAUAAAGCAGAAGGUGCAGCGGGGAGAGUGUCAGACUACAAACCAAGGGCAGGCCAAAAACAAGAGGAAACAAGAGACCAAGAGCUUAAAGCAGAAGGAAGCCAAGAAGAAAUCCAAGGCUGAGAAGGAGAAGGUGAAAACAAAGCAGGAAAAACUGAAGGACAGAGUCAAGAGGGAGAAGAAGGAGAAGGUGAAGAUGAAGGAGAAGGAGGAGGCGGCCAAGACCACGCCGGCAGGGAAAGCAGAUAAAGUGCUGGCCACCCAGCGGCGCUUGGAGGAGCGGCAGAGGCAGCAGAUGAUCUUGGAGGAGAUGAAGAGGCCCACGGAGGACAUGUGUCUGCCUGACCACCAGCCGCUGCCUGACUUCUCCCGCAUCCCGGGUCUGCUCCUGCCGAGCCGGGCCUUCUCGGACUGCCUGACCAUCGUGGAGUUCCUGCACAGCUUCGGCAAGGUGCUGGGCUUCGACCCUGCCAAAGAUGUCCCUAGUCUGGGGGUCCUGCAGGAGGGGCUCCUGUGUCAAGGCGACAGCUUGGGCGAGGUGCAAGACCUCCUGGUGCGACUCCUGAAAGCUGCGCUCUAUGACCCUGGCUUGCCCUCCUACUGCCAGUCCUUAAAGAUCUUGGGGGAGAAGGUGUCUGAGAUCCCACUAACAAGAGACAAUGUAUCUGAGAUCCUGCGCUGCUUCCUCAUGGCAUAUGGAGUGGAGCCAGCCCUCUGUGACAGCCUGCGCACCCAGCCUUUUCAAGCCCAGCCACCCCAACAGAAGGCUGCUGUCCUGGCCUUCCUUGUGCAUGAGCUCAAUGGCUCCACCCUCAUCAUCAACGAGAUUGACAAGACUCUCGAGAGUAUGUCCAGCUACAGGAAAAACAAGUGGAUUGUUGAAGGCCGACUGCGGAGAUUGAAAACUGCUCUGGCCAAGCGAACGGGGCGACCUGAGCUAGAACUGCAGGGGCCAGAGGAAGGCCUGGGGCGGAGGCGCAGCUCUCGGAUCCUGGAGGAGACCAGUGGCAUGGAGGAGGAGGAAGAGGAGGAGACUGCAGCUGCUGUCCAUGGCCGUAGGGGUCGAAGGGAUGGAGAGGUUGAUAUCACAGCAUCUAGCAUCCCAGAGCUAGAGCGCCAGAUAGAAAAACUGAGCAAGCGUCAGCUCUUCUUUAGAAAAAAGCUGCUUCACUCAUCCCAGAUGCUUCGAGCAGUCUCCUUGGGUCAGGACCGCUACAGACGCCGCUACUGGGUGUUGCCCUGCCUGACUGGUAUCUUUGUGGAAGGAGCAGAGGGGAACUUAGUUCCUGAGGAUGUGAUAAAGCAGGAAACUGACUCCUUAAAAGUGGCAACCCAUUCAGCAACCAGCCCAGCCUCCUCCUCUCUGAAGAGGGAGUUACCUGGCUCCAGCACCUCUGCCAGUUCUCCUGCCCGGGCCCGAGGCCGACCUCGGAAAACUAAGCCUGGCUUUAUGCAACCUAGGCACUUGAAAUCUCCUUCCAAGGGUCAAGGUUCCGAAGAGCCUCAGACCCAGCUUCAGCCUGAAAUUCAGUCCCAUCCUCAGCUUCAGGCUCAUGCCCAGCCCCAGCUUCAAUCCCAUCCUCACUCUCAUAAUGGGUUCCUGGAGCCAGAAGGCUCCCCACUGUCUCUGGGUCAGAGCCAGCAUGACCUCAGCCAGUCAGCCUUCCUGUCUUGGCUGAGCCAGACUCAGAACCAUGGCUCCCUGCUCAGCAGCUCGGUCCUCACGCCUGACAGCAGUCCCGGAAAACUGGACCCGGCCCCAUCACAUGCCCCGGAAGAGCCAGAACCUGACGAGACAGAAGCCAGCCCUGAUUCUCAAGUUCCCUGGUUUAAUUUCUCAGCCCAGAUGCCCUGCAUUGCUGCCCCUACACCACCCCCUGCAGUUUCUGAGGACCAGCCCACUCUUCCCCCUCAGCUACCUGCUUCUUCCAAGCCAGUGAGCAGAGCCAGUGUCGCCAACUCCUGUUCUCCAGGGCCAUUCUCUUCCACGCCUUUGCUGGGCAUGGCUCCUAAAAGGCGAGCAGGAGAUCCUGGAGAAUCACCACAGAGCCCCGCAGGGCAGGGACAGCCGAAGCGGAGAGGGAGGCCUCCCAGUAAGUUCUUCAAACAGAUGGAGCAGCGCUACCUAACCCAGCUGACAGCCCAGCCUGUCCCACCUGAGAUGCGCUCCGGCUGGUGGUGGAUCCGGGAUCCUGAGACGCUGGAUGCCACGCUCCAGGCCCUGCACCCCCGAGGCAUCCGAGAGAAAGCGCUUCACAAACACCUGAGCAAACACAGGGAUCUCCUGCAGGAAGUCUGCCUGCGGCCCACAGCAGACCCCAUCUUUGAGCCCAGUCAGCUACCUGCCUUUGAAGAAGGGAUCGUGAGCUGGACCCCCAAAGAGAAGACAUAUGAGACAGACCUGGCUGUGCUUCAGUGGGUGGAGGAGCUGGAACAGCGGGUGAUCCUGUCUGAUCUGCAGAUUCGGGGCUGGACAUGUCCCAGCCCAGACUCCAUUCGUGAAGACUUGGCCUACUGUGAGCACCUAGCUGAUUCCCAGGAGGAUAUCACCUGGCGGGGUCGGGGCAAGGAAGGUCUGGCACCCCAGCGCAAAACUACCAACCCCCUGGACCUGGCGGUGACGCGGCUUGCUGCCCUGGAGCAGAACGUGGAGCGGCGGUACCUGCGGGAGCCCCUGUGGCCCGCUCACGAGGUGGUGCUGGAGAAGGCCCUGCUGAGCACGCCCGGCAGUGCCCCACAGAGCGCGCCCACAGAGAUAUCAUACGAGAUCACCCCUCGAGUUCGGGCCUGGCGCCAAACGCUAGAGCGAUGCCGGAGCGCGGCCCAGGUCUGUCUGUGCCUGGGCCAGCUGGAGAGGUCCAUUGCCUGGGAGAAGUCCGUCAACAAAGUGACCUGUCUAGUCUGCCGGAAGGGUGACAACGAUGAGUUUCUUCUACUUUGUGAUGGAUGUGAUCGUGGCUGCCAUAUUUACUGCCUUCGGCCCAAGAUGGAGGCUGUCCCAGAAGGAGACUGGUUCUGUUCUGUCUGUCUGGCCCAGCAGGUGGAAGGAGAACUGACUCAGAAAUCUGGUUUCCCAAAACGAGGCCAGAAGCGAAAAAGCAGUUAUGUGCUGAACUUCCCAGAGGGUGACAGCCGCCGGCGCCGGCUGCUGCCAAGGGGCCGGGAGAGCCCAGCAGCGCCCCGGUGCUCAGAGGAAGGGCUGUCCCCCUCGAAGCGGCGGCGCGUCUCCAUGCGGAACCAUCACAGUGAUCUCACGUUCUGCGAGAUUAUCUUGAUGGAGAUGGAGUCCCAUGAUGCAGCUUGGCCUUUCCUAGAGCCUGUGAACCCACGAUUGGUGAGUGGGUACCGGCGUAUCAUCAAAAACCCUAUGGAUUUUUCCACCAUGCGGGAGCGACUGCUGCGGGGAGGGUACACCAGCUCAGAGGAGUUUGCCGCCGAUGCGCUCCUAGUGUUUGACAACUGCCAGACUUUCAAUGAGGACGAUUCUGAAGUGGGCAAGGCUGGACACAUCAUGCGCCGCUUCUUUGAGAGCCGCUGGGAGGAGUUUUAUCAGGGAAAACAGGCCAAUCUGUGA